AAAUAAUCCUGACAAAGAAAACAACUCGUCAAGUUACUGUUCAAUAAUAGACCGCUCUCCUGAAAAAUCCAGUCCAUACAUUGACCCAAAGACGUUUCUUGCUAGCAAUAAUAUUGAGAUAAACGUUCAAAACAAAAUCGAGGAUAUUGCUCAGAAACCGAAUGAAUCAGAGUUAUCAUCAUCUCAGCAGGAUGAUGUACGAAAUAAUACGCCACAAUCCACAAGGGGUUCUAUCUGUAUCUAGCAGUUCAUCAUCUGAUAGUUCCUCCUCUUCUUCACGUAGGUCAUCAUCUACAUCUUCCACAUCGAGCAGCUCUGCUUGCAUGAGUAAUUCAAACGUAUAUUCCACCAUAGAUGGGCCUUCAACAUCUAAAUGCAUAGGACAAAUUAUAAGCAAAACCCAUCAAAAUAGAAGAUACAGAAAACGUACCAGAAACCCAUCAAAAUAGAAACAAAAUGUCACAAAAAGAUUGACAAAUUCAGGAAAAUCUUACGUCUCGUCUAUAACUAAAAAAGAAGUCCUUGCUCGUUCCAUCAAAGGUGUUUUUGUUGUUUAA